GUCUCUGAUUAAACACUGUCACUGUGUAUGCUGUUAACAAGUUAAAGGAUUUUAUUUGGCAAAAUGAAGUGUGUUAACCCUGACUGUAAAGCUGAACUAGCACCAACUGAUAAUUUUUGUGGACAGUGCAGACAAAAAGUAGAAAAAAAUCAGCAUGACUUAAAGAAAUGUCCUCAUUGUAAAUCCCUUCAAAAAGCUUCAGUAAAGUAUUGCAGUAAUUGUUCUAAUGAGAUAUACAAGGAAAUAAAUUGUGAGGUUAAUCCUGAAAAAAGUCAUUCUGAAAAUAGUUUGCCACUAAAAUCAGAAAAUAUUGAAAAUAGUCCAGAGAACAGAACAGAUAUUGAUGCUGUAGAUGAAUUAGAUGGUCGUGACAGAAGUGAUCAUCAACAGCCUACAGUACUAAAUUCAACAGUUGAACAAGGAGAUUUGAAGCCAGCUGAAGCAAGAGGAGUAGUAGUAAUCUGUACCCAUGCUACUUUUGUAAAUAACAAAACUGCCAGUUUGACAGAAAGACAAAGUGCUACUAACGAUAAUGAUAUGAUGAAGGAGAUUUGGAAGUUAUAUGAUGACUGUGAAGUUCUUGCAUUUGAGGAUGAAUCCAGUAGCUUUUACGAUUCAGAACUGGAGGAAAAGAUUAAAGAAAAGGUGAAAGAGAUACCAGAGAUAAAGUAUUUUGUAUUUGUGUUGAGCACCCAUGGAGAAGAUAAGCCAGAAGUAAAAUUGCAUGAUAAACCAGAAGGUGAAUUCCAUGAUAAAGGCAAUCUGCAUCAUCGUCAUUUCUUUUACACAAACGAUGGCCAGUUUGAAACUCAGAAAUUAAUGACAAAGAUAGAUGGUAUAGAUGGAGUAAAAGGGAAAAUGAAGUUGUUUUUUAUUCAGGCAUGUAGGAGUAGAUAUGGUAAAAAACUGGAUAAUGUAGACUUAGGAUGUGAUGUGAUUGUUACAUACCCUAAAGGUCACUUUCCAGAAAAGACAACAGAAACAGGCGGUAUCAAUAAACCAGAUGCACGUGCAGAUUAUACAGAAUUUGAUGAGGUUUAUAAUAAAACACCAGAACUUAACACUGAGAAUAAAGUUGAUGAACCUAAGGAAAGUGUGAUAUCAGAGAUUCUCCCUGAUGUAGUUCUUUCACAUUUUGAAGAUUGUGUUGUUGUAUUUGGAUCUUUUACAGGAAAACAAGCUUACAGGAAAGAUAAUAGUCCUGAUGAAGGAGGAGGUUGGAUGAUAAAAGCAUUACAUACUACCUUGGACUCAUACCACAAACAAGAAGCUGUACACAAUGUACACAUUAUUGACAUACUUACAGAAAUAAAUAAAGCUGUUAGUAUGCUAAGUGUAUUAGCACCUAACGACAUACUUGAAGAGAUGAAUAUGGCAAAAAGUGAAGAUUAUCAACUUAAAGCACAGUCAUGUUUUUUCCACAAUUUGGCUCUUGAAGAUGAGCAUAUGACCCUGCAUAAGACAAAGACAAAAUAAGAUGUUGAAUGAAUUAAAUAAUUUUUUUCAUUCAACUUGACUACAGUUGUCUAAUUUCAUGCAUUAGAUCACACCAUUAUGUAAUAGUUUUUGACUUUCAAUUAAUCUUUUCAAGAGGCAGAAUGAGGAUACCAAAUCCAAAGUCAAAGAAAGAAAGACUAUGGGGGAAAAGAUGAAAUACUAGUUACCUUUUAAUUUUAA